ACAAAAUAUUCAUUUGUGUAAACUUGUAGAAUUAGAAAUAUUUUAAAAUGGAGCAUAAAAUAAUAUUGAAAUGCCGCACUUGCUUAGAGGAAAACGAAGAGGAUAGCAUGUUUGAAUUAUUUAUGGAAAACGAUAUAAAUGUUAACGGGAGGCAAAAGAAACUAAAGCUUAGUAAAAAAUUUGAGUAUUGUUGUGGUGUACGAAUUAGGGAAUCAACCGAUAUGCCAUCUAAGGUUUGUUGGAAAUGUUUUGAAAUGACGAGAAUAUGGUAUAACUUUCGACAAAUGUGCAUGAAUUCACAACUUUACCUGGAGAGUUUAUGUGAAGAUCGAAUGCGCCCAGAAGGCGCCGAUGAUGCGGAGUUUUUAGAAUAUCUAAUGGAAGAAUUGCAGGUACACCGUGAUAGAGUACAUGGGUCUUCUGAAAGUUUAGAAUCUGAUACAGAUGAUGACGAUGACAAUAAUGAUCUUGGUUUAUUAGUGGAUGAAGACGAUGAUGGAGAUUUUAUAGAAUCAGAAAAUAAUUUAGAACGCAGCGUUAAAUUAGAGGCGGAACAAAUGGAAGAGAAAAUUUUCACUCAGAAAGCAGAAUGUAUAGUAACCAACAAUACGGAUGUUGACACAACCCAUGAAAAUAACAAAAAAAGCAGAAAAUCGCAAAAAAUUCAAGACACUAUCAAAUUUUCUAAAAAACGGGAUGUAAGCAGAAGACGUAUAUGUCGUCCACCUAGUCCAACAUCGUACAUGUGUUACAUUUGUGGCAACGUUUACAACAAAAAAGCUACCUUUGCGUAUCAUAUGUCACUGCACAACAACGUCAAACCACAUGAAUGCGAACUCUGUGGUAAAUCGUUCCGCCAAAUAUGUGAGUUGAAGAAUCAUAUGCGACGUCACACUGGUGAAAAACCUUACAAAUGUUCAUACUGUGAUCGACACUUCAUUGAUCGUAGUGAAAAACAUCGACAUGAGCGAGUACAUACAAAUACGAGACCAUACAUAUGUAAUGUUUGUGGUAAAAGUUUUACAUACUCUGCCAUACUGAAGAAUCACUCAAAACUGCACUCUGGUAAAAAAGAUUUCAACUGCAUGGUCUGUCAGAAAGCAUUCACUCUUCAGCAUCAGCUAAAGGCACAUUUACAAACCAUGACCCAUAGGCUGAAGGAAGCGCAUUACGUCGCUGAGGGAUAUGAGGUUGUUUACGAGUAGAUAUUAUUUCCUUUAAAUAUUUAGU